AUGCCGAUCCCUUAUGUGUCUGGUGAAUCACCCAGAGUAGCGAUCUCUCCUGCCUUCCAUUUUCGUCGUCGAAGCUCGGUCGCCAGCCUACUCGUCUCGACGCCGGGAUCGUCUCCGCCGAGAUCGCCCCCAAUCGCGGCUCACACCCCUCCGACCCAUCAAACUUCGCUCAGACAGCCGUUUAUCUCCCAGUUGAUCUACGACGAGAAGAGCGGUGAAAUCGACUACCCUUGCUCGCCUCCGACUUUGUCGUCAUGGCCGAAAAAGUCGAGCUCCGAGUCCUUGGAGGAGAAAUCGUCACCGACGAGCUCCCGAUUUCACCUACACGCUUACGGUACACGACGGCGGGCAUCGCCGCCAAAGGGGCGACCAUUCCAACUGCCAAGACCAUGGCUCUCUGUGAUUGCUCUUAUCAGCGUCACUCUUUCUUUCGUCGUCCUUCUGACUUACCUGGUCCCCUCUUCGUACGUCAUCCCUCACCGCAUGGACCCUCGAGGGCCCGCGUUAGCCACGGCUAUGGGCUCACCUUCCCAGUCUUCCUCGGCUGAGAAUUUUGUUGCAGGCAUAACGCACCAUGAACUAACCUGAUGAGUUUUUCUAUCAUUCCGUUAACAGCACCCCUUACACCAUGGGUUCCGCCGCUUCAGCGCUCCUCUUUCACAAAUCCACCAAGUGCGAGCCUUAUUCCGCAUUCGGUGCGCUAUAUGCCGACACCCACGACCCGGAUGCAAACCGGUGGAUUCCCUUCGAUGAGAAGUGCCAGGCGCCCAACUUCCUCAGCAGGCUGCGCAACGACCAAACCACCGCCGACUUCUCCUGGCUCAGGAAUCGAACAGCGCUCAUCAUCGGAGACCAGAUCUCGCGCGAGCACGUCGAAAACUUUUGCAUCUUGAUGGGCAAGGAGAGUGAGGUCAUUCGAGACGACCAUAAGUACAGCCCUGGAAACGCGAUCUUCCGAAUGCCAGCCAAAGCGCAGCAUUUGGGUGAGCGACCCAGCCGGAUCGCAACGCGGUCAAGCAAGAGCGCCGGUCGCUCACUCCGGGACACCAGUUGGCCCCGCAUGUGCUACAUCCCCCAGUACGAUUUCAUGGUAUGUCGCUUCUUCUUUCAAUUGAAUGAUCUGGUCCGCCGUACUAACCCGGCUUGCCUUCGCCUGGUCUUACAGCUCGUGUCCAUCUUCCAUUUUGGCCUCGACCAAGAAGACUUUUGGCGCGACUCGGAAGCGCCUCAAUACGUUGCCCCUGGGAUGUUUGAGCAUCGUCUGGCCGAUGUCGUGGAGCCCGUCGUCAGGGCACUCCGAGCCGACGGCCGCGCAUCGGCGCCGGACUUUGUCGAAGUCACAUCCGGCGUAUGGGAUCUCGCUCGUUGGGCCCAGCAGGACAUUACCGCGCAGCAAGACACGGCCGGACCUCUGGCCAAAGACCGAGUCACAUGGUACCGGUUCCGAGUAGGUCAGGCGCUGGAGAAGGUUCGCAAAAUGUUCCCCGACGCCAAGGCCAAGACAUGGCGAACGCUUCACUACCCCCUCGAUGCGCAAGCCGAACGUGAAUACUUCUUCGUGAGUCAUGUCAGACCCAUAGCCCCACUUGAGGUAUACGAUGACUGAAAACUGACACCCUCUCACCGCUCCCGCCGUCACUAUAGGAAAAAAUUGCUCCUCGACAAAGUAACUCGACUGCACUUCCCGAGCCUCCUUUCUUCUCUCACGCCCGCAUCAACCAACUCGACGAAGCCGUGCGCUCGCUUCUCCUACCGACAGAGAUUGGAGAUCUCAGUUUGGAAGCCCCGCACCCCGAUUUCCGGCUCAACGAAUGGGGCACGAUGCUGAAGGGUCACGAAGCUCAUCAACUCGACAGGAUCCACGGUGACCCUCUUCCCGGCGGAUACCUGUGGGCGGAUGUGAUGCUGUACGAGCUCUGGCGUGGGGUGAUGCACAGCGAACGCCGCUCCCUUAGAUCUGGGUUCCAUCUAUCAAGAACUCAAACAUCCUAG